CAGGACGAUACUUCCUGCUGCCUAAAUCGUAUCGCUCAUAGCCCCACGAUUCCAACCACCACGCUCUCUGCGUAUUACGCUAGGGCUCAAACAAUGCACGCUGCGCUGCAGAUAGGCGGCUGCAGCGCCGCGGGGUUUGCCCCUGUGCGCUGCGGAGGACGCAAGGCAUCAGCACUCGCCACUCCUGUUCGCGGCUGCCAGCUGGGCUGUGGAGCCAGCGCGCAGUCGCCGAUGCGAGCCGGAGCCGCACUGGGGCCGCGCAGGAGCGGUCGCCGCACUGCAGUGGUCUGCCGCGCGGCAGCGAAGAACUUCUACGACAUCCUGGGCGUGUCGGCGUCCGCCACCGACCGCGACAUCAAGUCCGCCUACCGCAAACUGGCCAUGAAACUCCACCCCGAUGUCAACAAGGCGCCCGACGCCCAGAAGCGGUUCAUGGAGGUGAAGGUGGCGUACGAGACCCUGAGCGACGCCAAGCAGAGGGCCGAGUACGACCGGCGGCUGCGCGGGGGCUACGCCGGCGGGAGGACGGGCUACAGCGGGAGCAGCAGCAGCAGCGGCUACGGCGGCGCGUACGGCGGCAACUCGGCGGGCAACUGGGGCAGCUCGUACGGCACGGGCGGCGGCAACUACGGCAACUAUACGCAGGAGCCGCUGCCGGGCCUGGACGACCUGAUCAAGGAGCUGGAGAAGGAGUACACGGCCUGGGUGCGCGAACGGGCCACCAAGACGGGGCCGGGCGGGCGGCCCAAGACGCUGGCGGAGGAGCUCGAGGACCUGGGCGGGGAGUUCCUGGACUUCCUAGAGGAGGCGCUGGGCAUUAAGGAAGAGGCCGGCAGUAGCAGCAGCAGCAGUGCCGGCGGCAAUGGCAGUAGCAGUAGCACCGGCGCCGCCGCCGGCGCCGCCUUCCGUGAGACUUCCAAGUCCGCGGCAGAGCAGUUCGACGCGUGGUGGCAGCAGUACGGUGACGGGUCGCCGUUGGGCGGCGCCGGCGGCAGCAGCGGCGCAGGUGCAUCGCCAGCCGGCUCGCGCUCCACAUCCUCGGGGGCGUCCGCGUCAUCCUCCUCGUCAGCUUCCAGCAGGUGAGGCGUUUUCGUGUGGGCACUUGCGUGUGGCUGCUGCAGCAGAAAUUGUCACACCGAUGGCGCUGCUGUAGAUGUGUUUUCCUCGACUACGUGUCUUGCGGGACAGGCCCAGAGAGUGGUCGGC